AUGUAUGCUAAAAGAAUUCCCAUCGAGGAGGUGCCGGAGGAAGACGAAGCUGCUGCUGAAUGGCUACACAAGCUCUAUCAACAAAAGGUAAUUGCUAGGAUAUUUUAUUGCGUGAAUCGAAGUUGGAGCGGUAAAAUUUCAAUUGCCGAAUUAAGACGAAGCAAUCUGUUGGCGGUGAUCGCCGUGCUUGAGCACGAGGAGGAUAUUAAUCAGGUUACAGCAUACUUCAGUUAUGAAUACUUUUAUGUGAUAUAUUGCAAAUUCUGGGAGUUGGAUCACGAUCAUGAUCUCUUCAUAGACAAAACAGAUCUAACGAGACACAAUGAUCAUGCUUUAUCUACUCGAAUGAUCGAAAGGAUAUUUAGUGGUGCUGUGACAAGAGGUGGUAGAGUAAAAAAUAGUAACAAUGCACAACAACCAGAGGACAAGAUGAGUUACACAAAGUUUGUAUGGUUCCUUCUUAGUGAGGAAGACAAGAAUCAUUCAACUGCCAUUGAAUAUUGGUUUAGAUGUAUGGAUCUCGAUGGCGAUGGUUACUUGUCGAUGUACGAAUUGGAAUACUUCUAUGAAGAGCAAUUACGCCGAAUGGAAGCGAUUGGCCUGGAGACCUUGCCUUUUGAAGAUUGUCUUUGUCAGAUGUUGGAUAUGAUUCAUCCGGUGAUACCAGGCAAGAUAUCGUUGACCGACUUGACAAACUGCAAAAUGACAUCCAUCUUUUUUGAUACCUUUUUCAAUCUGGAAAAGUAUCUGGAUCUGGAUCACGAACAGAGGGAUCCUUUUGCCUCGACGAGGGAUCACGAUGCUGACGAUGCAGCUACAAUGUGCCCAAAUUUUAAAGGGCCCGAAACUAGAGCGGAAUUUAAAUUAGAAGUAAUGGAAGUUUUUCGUGCGGCAAAACAACGACAUUAUUUAGAAAACAACAAAGAUAAAAGUGCAGCAGCAAAUGAAAAUGAAGAAAUCAAUGUCGAAGACACUGCAGAUUAUUUUGAUACUGAUGGGAUUCCUGAAACAGAAGAUCCUGAUGCGUCAAAUGAAAGUAAUUGA